AUGGCAAAGAAUAUUGAGGAUAUAAUCAGCUACGAGCCAGCUGAUGCUCUAAUUUUCGAGGGGCCAUUCGACAAGCCCAUUAAGCGCAAUCUGGUUCUUCGCAAUCUCGUGGGUAAAGAUAUGGCGUACAAGAUGAAGACAACCUCGCCGCGCCUGUUCUUCGUCCGUCCGAAUAUUGGGAUACUUAUGGCUAAUUCGUCGAUCAACAUCGAAAUUUUCAUGCAGCCGGCAUGCAGCCGACGGUCACCUUCUGAUAAACGUCACAAGUUUCUAAUUGUGGCUGCCGAAGCUACUGACGAUAUUGGAGACUUGCAGGAUUUCUUCAAGAUGCUGGACCCGGCCAACAUGUGGGAGGGCAAGGUCCGCUGCGAUUUGUUGCAUCCUCAGACGGAGAUUAACGACACCAUUAACGAAUUGGACGAGACCAUCCGUCAUGUUGCUGGUGGAGUAGUGGCUCAAGUGGCUGAGGUUGAAAUGCUCUCUGAAGAGUCGGAGCGCUCAUACGACGCCCUGGAGGGUCACGAACUGGAGGAACUGAAAAUGAUGAAGGAAAAGGUGGCUAAUCUGGAGAAGGAGCGACUUAAUUUGGACCAGGAAAUGGAGGACAUACGCAAUGCUGCUAAGAACAAGCAAAAAUUCAAGAAAAUCGGUAUUUACAAUCGUUCCAAUAUACUGUUGAUUGCCACAGUUCUCAGCAUCGGUGCCGUCUUACUUGCUACCAAAUAUGGCAAUUAUGUACAGCAACUUAUUAAACAAGUCUUCUAAAUGACUGUUCUGUUAAAAGCAUUUACAAAUACAUAAUUGCUUUUUCCAUUA